AUAUAAUCUUCUCAUAAAUGGGCACAUAGACAGAUGGAGUAAGAAACAUAACAGUGUAAGACAGCGGGACUCUUGUCCGUGAGUAGCAGAAGAUGGAGUCUCUGAAAGCAGCUAUUCCAGAAAGCCUGAAGCGAGCGAUAGGGGAUAGCAAUGUUGAAGAUCUUCAAAGCACGUGCACUUUUCUUCAUCGCUUCUUUCUCCACUUCGACCCAUUUCACCAGAUUAUCGCUCAACUGGCUGAUCCAAAGUAUGGUCUGUGCGGUAAGAGUAAGGAAGAUGCCUUGAAAUCCAAGCAGCUUGGUAAUGAAUGCUUCUCCAACGCAGAUUAUGCCAAGGCCUUGGACUGCUAUACUCAGGUUUCCUCGUCUUUUGAAAUUUAUAUUUUCCUUCAACUGUUCUCUCUCAUGUAGGUGAUUGGAACGUGCCGUUCUUUCAUAGUCAAACACCUUUAAUGAAUUGGACUGCUUUAAUGAAUCAGUUCUUUACUUGACCCCUUUAGUAAACAAGUUCAGAACAGUUCGGAACUAGUGUGGAUAUUUUUGUUAGUUUGUAAAAUCCGCUUCUGAAGUGCAUUAUGCAGUUGUUCUUUACUUCUACUUUUCAAAACAUACACCUGUACAUGAUAGCAUACACACAUACCGGACUUGGGCAACUAUAGGAGCUUUUGCUACCGCACAUUGUUCAUGGCAGCAUCUCAAAUAGCAUUGUCAGAGAUGAUAACGGAACUACUAGUACCUGCAAGCAAGUUAUUGUCCCGAAGUCAUAAAUUAAAAAACAAA